ACACGUGUAGUCAAGAUGGCGGCGGCGCUGGUGAGUACCGACGCUAAAGUGUCUUCUGUUUGUUUGUUUCACAAAAGGUUUAAUUUCACACUGCCGGAGAUGACCCAAUUUAAACCGGAGAUGUGGGCACUGUUAUUGGUGUCCACGCUGCCUUUAGUAGCACCCUUUUAUGUGCCAGGGGUUGCACCUAUGAAUUUCCGCCAGAACAGCCCGGUUGAAAUAAAGGCUGUAAAACUGACCAGCUCUAGAACACAGUUGCCCUACGAGUACUAUUCACUUCCCUUCUGUAAGCCUGAGAGCAUCUUCUACAAGGCAGAGAACCUCGGUGAGGUGUUGCGAGGAGACCGUAUCGUAAACACACUGUACACUGUUCUCAUGAACCUGGACAAGAAGUGUGAGGUGUUGUGUAAAAAGCCUGAUGAUCCCAUCAAACUCAGCGUGGAGGAGAGCAAGCUGCUGGCCGAGCGCAUCCAAGAAGAGUACUAUGUCCACCUUAUUGCAGAUAACCUCCCUGUGGCCACACGGCUGGAGCUUUACCCAAACAAAGAGGAAGGAAUAGAAGAGGAACAGAAGAAGGACACACAGAAGGAUAUCCAGUUUGAGCAUGGCUACAGGCUCGGCUUCACCGAAAACAACAAGUUCUACUUGCACAACCAUCUGUCAUUCAUCCUGUACUACCACAAAGAAAAGCUGGAGGAGGAUGUCGAGCACAAUUACAGAGUUGUACGAUUCGAGGUGAUGCCAAAGAGUGUAAAAUAUGAAGAUAUCAAAGCAGACGAUCGAAACACAUGCACGUUACCUGAAAUGGUCGCCCCUGUCCCUCAGGAGAUCGACCCGACUAAAGAGAACAAAAUUCUCUUCACCUACUCCGUGCACUGGGAGGAGAGCGAGGUGAAAUGGGCGUCUCGCUGGGACACGUACCUCACCAUGAGCGACGUGCAGAUCCACUGGUUCUCCAUCGUUAACUCCGUAGUCGUGGUGUUCUUUCUGUCAGGCAUCCUGAGUAUGAUCAUCAUAAGGACGCUGAGGAAGGACAUCGCCAACUACAAUAGAGAAGAUGACAUCGAAGACACAAUGGAGGAAUCUGGUUGGAAGAACGUCCAUGGUGACGUAUUCCGCCCUCCUCAGUAUCCCUUGAUUCUUAGUUCCCUGUUGGGAUCUGGCAUCCAGCUCUUCUGCAUGAUUCUUAUUGUUAUCUUUGUGGCGAUGCUUGGGAUGUUGUCUCCAUCCAGUCGAGGAGCUCUGAUGACAACGUCCUGCUUCCUCUUCAUGUUUAUGGGUCUGUUCGGAGGAUUCUUUGCAGGAAGACUUUACCGCACUCUUAAAGGCCACAGAUGGAAGAAGGGUGCUUUCUGUACUGCAACCCUGUACCCAGCUGUCGUCUUUAGCAUCUGUUUUGUUUUGAACUGUUUCAUCUGGGGAGAACACUCUUCUGGAGCUGUUCCUUUCACUACAAUGCUGGCUCUGUUGUGUAUGUGGUUUGGCAUUUCUAUGCCUCUCGUGUACCUGGGCUACUAUUUCGGUUUCCGGAAACAGCCGUAUGAUAAUCCAGUUCGUACCAAUCAGAUUCCCCGCCAGGUCCCUGAGCAGCGCUGGUACAUGAACAAGUUUGUUGGUAUCCUGAUGGCGGGAAUCCUGCCAUUUGGCGCCAUGUUUAUUGAGCUCUUCUUCAUCUUUAGUGCUAUCUGGGAAAACCAGUUUUAUUACCUGUUUGGCUUCCUCUUCCUCGUCUUCAUCAUCCUUGUGGUUUCCUGCUCUCAAAUCAGCAUCGUGAUGGUGUACUUCCAGCUUUGUGCAGAGGACUAUCAGUGGUGGUGGAGGACAUUUCUCGUGUCUGGAGGUUCUGCCUUUUAUGUCCUAGUCUACGCUGUUUUCUAUUUUGUCAACAAGCUGGACAUUGUGGAGUUCAUUCCCUCUCUGUUGUAUUUUGGCUACACAACCCUGAUGGUUUUGUCUUUCUGGCUUCUAACGGGAACGAUUGGCUUCUACGCCGCUUACGUGUUCAUACGGAAAAUUUAUGCCGCGGUCAAAAUCGACUGAAAUAUUUCUUUCAGUUUUUGUUUCCUUUUUUUUUCUGUUUUUGUGAAGCAAGCACUGACGUGUGUGAAUUGCUGGCAUGAGGCACAGCAGCGCCCCCCAUGGACUGGAGGAUGAAUGGAGAUGUGUUUUGUAUACCGCUAUCAAAACCUUUCUCUUCUGCUCCCUCUGCCUCAGCAAAGAUGUAAAGAAACCACAUGAACAGUUCCAUUUUUAAUGUCUGUAUAUCUUCUUGCACACACAACAUGGGCCAAAGUGUGUCAAUUGACAGUUUUUCUUUGUUUUGGUGGGGAUGUUGGAUUUUUGGGCUGGGUCUCAUGGUUUUGAAGACUUUGAGGGUUAGUUGCAUAUAUAAUUUUACAAAUUAACAUUUUGUGUCCUUUUAAUAUAACAUUUGAUUUCAGCUUGUUUCUGUCUUUGAUUCAGAACCGAGUUCUUGAAUGCUUGUCUUGUUGAGGGGUGUGUGUGUGUGUGUGAAUGUGUGGUCACGCUGUGGUCAUUAUAUUUUGGCGUGGAAUGAAAUUAUGGGCAAGGAUAAGGCAAGGUUAUAAAAAAGAUUAAAAAGUAGAUUUCCUUCUGUUUCCUUGUGCUUGCUGGUCAUUGGACCUAAAAGACUCUUAUCAUGAUGCAGUAUUGCUUUGAUCGUUUGUUUUUGCCAUUAUGUAAAAAAAAAUUCUACAUAACACACGUUUGAUAUUCCAUAUUAGAAAAGCCAUUGUUAUAUCAUAUAUAUGAACUAUUGCUGUAGCCAAAAACAUGUAUUUUGGUAGAUUUACCCCAAGAUUCAAGGGUUUCAACACCAAAUGUGUGCAGUGCCCAGUAGGAAGUGAUCUAUUUGCUUACAUCUAUGGUACUUCAAAGAUAUUAAUUUAACAUGGUUAUUAUUUUAGCUCUCUCAAAACACAAGACACGAUAUUUGGAUCCCAAUUUGGACUAAUGUGAAGCAGCUGCAGGAUUCAGUAGUUUAAAACACUAUAGCAAAAUCUUCUUCUACGUUUGAAACGGUCUGGAUUCUUCAUCUGUCAUCCUCACAGGUGACUUUACGAAUAAAUGCAAGAACUUCAGAAAAUAUUUUCUCCAGAUGUACUUUAUUCUGCCUGUUGCGUUGGGUCAAUUGGUCUGUGUAUGUUUGUGGUGUAAAUGCAGUGCUUUAUAUGGUUGCAUUUUAUGGUUUUAUUUGUGGAGCUGUUUGUCCCUUUAUGUCUUUGUUUUAGGCAAAAGCAUGUUAUUUUCUUUUCUUUAUGAAUCUUUCUUUCCCUUUCUCUUUCAAGAAUGUCCAUUCAUAAUGUAUAAAACAAUAAAGGUGCCAAUAUGUUGA